GGGACCGUUUCUUGUACACCAUCAGAUAGACUACUGAUCCGUUCUAGCCCUUGUUCUCCAAUACAGAAAAAACUCAUUUGGCAACACGCAACACCCUUGAGUUCCCAUUUCCAUGGCGUCUGUCUCAGCUACUUGCCUUUGUCUCAGAGCUUCACCCUAUUCAUCCAACACCACCACCCAGGGAACUAGGAGAAUUUCUAGUACGAAACUGGUUUCCAUUCCAUGGAAAAACAGUGGCUUUCGCUCCUUCCGCAUUACUUGCGCCGCAAAGCCCGAGACAGUGCAGAAAGUAUGUGACAUUGUGAGAAAACAAUUGGCCUUGCCUCCAGAGACUGAGCUCACCCCGGCGUCCAAGUUCUCAGCACUCGGUGCUGAUUCACUUGACACGGUGGAGAUAGUGAUGGGGUUGGAGGAAGAAUUUGACAUUAGUGUGGAAGAAGAGAGCUCGGAGAACAUAACAACUGUUCAAGAGGCAGCUGAUUUGAUAGAGAAGUUGGUGCAAAAGAAGGCUGAAGCUUAAAAUCAUGAUUCCAAGCAAGUAGCAGAAUCAAAAGAGGGAUUGAAAUGAGUUGUGUCUUUCUAUGUUGUUACGGCUUUUACCUCCAUAUUGUUGUCUGAAAUUCUUAUUUCUGAAGCUUUUUAAUUCCAUAAUGAUUAUUUUUA